UCUUUUGAAGCAUUUCAUUCUACUAAGCAAGUUGGAAAUUCUUACGAUUUGUCUCAAUUUGAUAUACAUCUUUGGUAUAUAUUCUUGGCUAUCUUUGCCACGUCUGGCUGCUUUCAGAACACCAGAUAUACUGCAUUCAGAUCUGUUUCCAUCAGCCCUACCGUCUCAUCGAGCUCAAUACGAUGCUGCAUAUGAUGCGUCGCUUUCCUUGACAGCUUAUAUAUUGUCGCAGCCGCCGAGCCCGCUGUGAGGCGAGGGCUCUGUCUCCUGUAUGGCCAUGUCUCUGAACCAUCCAGGACCCCUGCAUGCUGACGGCCUCUCCGUCCUGAAUGCCAACCCGGCUAAGCUGCCUGGGCCGCGUUUCCUCCAUGAACUUGUCCCACAGGCGGCUAAUAACGUUCUGUCUUGUGCCAUCGACUUCCUGGCUGAAAAUGAUCGACGCGUCGUCCUGUCCUACCCACAGCUGCAUGCAGCAUCUCUCGCAUUAGCUUCUCGCAUACUAUGCAUUUUGAGAUCAACUUUGGCCCAGUCCGCCUCGACGCUUGAGCAUUCAGGUCCCCUAAUCAUCCCUAUACUUUCCUCUCAGUCUCCUCAGCUUUAUGUUGCUAUACUAGCUGUACUCAAGGCCGGGGGUGCCUUUUGCCCCCUGAAUACUGAUGCCCCACCUGAAAGAGUGAGAUUUAUUCUCGACGACGUAAAAGCCAAAAUUGUCUUGGUGAACCGAGCUCUUGCUUCCAAACUUCCCACAGGCGACGGUACCUACACAGCCAUAUUCAUCGAUGAUGUCAUUGAUACCUUGGAAACUGACGGCGAAGAUCUGCAUUGCAUCCGGGAGCUGACUCCCCAAGAUCUCGCAUAUGUCAUGUACACUUCAGGCUCGACAGGCACGCCGAAGGGUGUCGCCGUCUCUCACUUAGCUGCGACCCAAUCUAUCCUAGCUCACGAUCGACAUAUACCAUCUUUCUCCAGAUUUCUUCAGUUUGCAGCUCCAACAUUUGACGUGUCUGUGUUUGAAAUAUUCUUCCCACUUUUUCGAGGCGCGACAUUAGUGGGCUGUAACCGCGCAGAAAUGUUGACUAAUCUCGUUGGCAUUUUGACCAAAAUGGAAGUAGAUGCAUGUGAAUUAACGCCGUCUGUAGCGAACAGUCUUCUAAAACAACGUUCCCGGGCGCCAUUAUUAAGACUUCUCCUUACCAUCGGAGAGAUGCUCACAGAGCCAGUUAUCCAAGAAUUUGGAGGCAACGAACUCAAGAAGAGCAUGCUAUGGGGGAUGUAUGGUCCUACAGAGGCAGCAAUUCACUGCACUGUUCAAAAUGCAUUUGCAACUACUUCAGAUAGGGGUACCAUAGGCAUACCUCUUGAUACUGUCUCGGCGUUUGUUAUCCGCAUAUCCACUGACCCUAAUGUGAAUUUCAAAUUCGGGGUCCUUCCUACAGGAGAGACGGGCGAACUAGCUCUCGGUGGCCUGCAACUAGCCAGCUGUUACUUGAACAGGCCCCAACAAACGACUAAUUCGUUCGUGGAUACACCGUGGGGACGAGUAUACAGAACCGGGGAUAAGGCAAGAAUCAGGCCAGACGGGACUAUCGAGUGUCUAGGCAGAAUUGACGACAGCCAAGUAAAGCUUAAUGGUCAAAGACUGGAGCUGGGCGAAGUGGAACAAGCCCUUUUAAGGACACCAGGAUGCCACGGUGCCGUUGCAGCGGUGAUAUCGAAUGUCCUGGUUGCAUUUGCUGCUAUGGAUCAAAGCUCUGAUUCUAAUGCACAGCUCUGGGCUCAAUGUCGGUCUUGGUUGCCAUCUUUCAUGGUACCUACAGAUAUAAUAACCACGGAACAACUCCCACAGUUGCCUUCCGGCAAGAUCGACAGAAAGCGACUAAUUCAUGACUACAGCGUGCGAACAAAAAAUGUCAGGGGGAAUGAAGUACCCAUCGAUGACUUCGAACGCCUUCUCUGUGAGGUAGCUGCCGCUGUCCUUAGUGAGCAAAUUGGUCCACUGACAGACUUUUCUGCGGCGAAUAUGGAUUCUCUAGCUGCUAUCGAAUAUGCCUCAGCUUUGAGAGAAAAUGGUGUUUGUAUCACACCGGUUGAUAUUCUGAGUGCUAAAUCGCCGCGAGAGCUCAGACUACGAGUGGGAGACAUGGGAAGGCCAACCAUUUCCCUAGUAUCAGAAUCCGACUUGAAAACGCACCAAUUGUCUGAUCCUUUUCGGGAAAAAGUCAGAUUAAGACCUGUUUUGGGUGAUCAAAUCGAAGAGAUUGAUCGUUUAGAAAGGCCUACACCCUUACAACAAUCAAUGGUUGCUGAGACUUUGAAGGAUGGCCAUUUGUACAUCAAUCAAAUCGAACUUGAGGUGAUCUCGGACGCCACGUUAGAUGUACUACAGUCGAGCCUUAGAAAGUUGGCAGAAUGCAAUGAAAUUCUCCGAACUGGUUUCACCUUUGUAGAAAACCAAUUAUGCCAGGUGAUUUGGAAGCGGCUAGAUGAAUCCCAGGUUUAUUACGUUGAGGAUGGAGGCAAUUCAACAGCUCAAAUUGAAGAUGCGGAGUUUUUCCUUCUUCGUCCCUUAAGGAUAGAGGUCCGACCUCCCAGUCCCGAAAGAAGCGCCUUGACGUUAUUCUUAACCUUACAUCAUGCGAUAUAUGAUGGAUGGACGGUUGACCUCAUAAUCGAGGACCUGUCACUUCUCCUGAGCAAUGAGCAACUAAUCCGCAGACCCCAAUUCUCUCAGGUUAUGGGACCGUUACAUCAUGUCUCGCAAGUCAAUAGCGUGGACUCAAUGGAGUUCUGGACGGAACAUCUUCGCGGGGUUGGUGCUGCGCCCGUGCCGAACUUCAGGACUAUAACUACACCCCAGCAGCAGCGGAUCGUCAAUGUGACGCAGAUAUCCGUUCAUCCUAAAGAUCUAAAGAAUCUUAUGCUUAAAAUCUCGGUAGGGCCUCAGGUGCUCUUCCAAGCAUGUCUCUUGUGGUUAUGGGCUACAGUCCACGGCACUGAAGACAUCACAAUCGGGUGUGUCUCAUCUGGUCGAAGUCUUCCUGUUGCUGGGAUUGACAAACUUAUGGGACCGUGCAUGACGACACUACCCCUCCGAAUCAACAUCUCGAAGUACAGGACCAUAAUCGAGCUACUCCAGAGCAUUCAUUCAUUCAAUCGGGAAGUUUUACGUUAUGGCAAUGUUCCAUUAUCUCAGAUUAACACAGCUGCCGGUCUCUCUAGGAGCUCAAAAUUGUUCGAUGUUAUCUUCGCGUAUCAGGAAUCUCUCGCUAGCCGCAAACACACUUCAAAUGUUGUGCGAGAGAUGUGGCACCGCGAUGCGACAGAAGCGAACCUCGUGGUUGAGAUUCAACCUAGAGGAGAUCACUUCAUAUGUCAAACAACGUCCCAGGCAGGCGUGCUUCCACAGGUCCUAGUUGAAACUUUCACACAUCAUUUCGGCAGCCUCGUUAGUCACUUCAUCAGUCAUGUCGACGCUCCAGUUGCAUCCAUCUUCGAGUGUUUCUCUCUUGAUAGCUUGUCUCAUUUUAACAGCAACCCGAAGGCCAUAGAAACAUAUUCCAGUUUGUCAGAAAUGGUAGAGACCUCCGCCUUGAGAUAUCCCUCGAAAACUGCGUUGUAUUUCGCAGAAUCACUACGGCCACCGGCUGUGAGCUCGGUAUCAUUUACAUACCAGGAGCUUAACUCCAAGGCCAACCAAAUUGCUCGCCACCUCCAACAGUGCGGACUGGUCUCUGGCGGCGUCAUAGCUAUCAUCAUGGAAAAGUCGCCCUUAUUAUAUUGCAGUAUACUGGGUAUAUUGAAGACCGGAUGCGCAUAUCUUCCUAUCCUUCCUACCACACCAUCUGGAAGAGUGAAGGUUAUUCUUGAUCAAGCCGAACCGUAUAUGUGUAUUGUAGAUGCGGUAUCAUCGCCACUUGUGUUUGGUCGAGACUCUCCCAAGGUGAUCAAUAUUGAAACCGUGACGCUCUCAUCAUAUUCAGAUGCCAAUGUCGCUAGGCGCGGCGGACCAUUAGACCUGGCAUAUGUUAUAUAUACUAGUGGCACUACUGGUACGCCAAAAGGUGUCGCAGUUACUAAUAGGAACAUUUUGAGUAACAUCAAUGUUCUUUCCAGUCUCUACCCGCACGAUCCGUCUGAUAGGAUGUUACAAGCUUGCUCUCAAGCAUUUGAUGUUUCUGUAUUCGAAAUAUUCUUCGCCUGGGCUAACGGCAUGUGCUUAUGUGCUGCUACGAAUGACACGCUGUUCGAAGACUUCGAGCACGCCGUACGAGAAUUCAAAAUUACCCAUCUCAGUUUGACUGUGACAGUGGCAUCAUUAUUGGACCCCGAAAAUGUCCCUUCUGUCAACUUCCUGGUCACUUCGGGUGAACCAAUGACCGAUGAAGUGCUCAAUAGGUGGGCACAGUAUCUUUAUCAAGGAUAUGGCCCUUCUGAGACGACCAAUAUCUGCACAGUCCGUAAGGUUUCUCGCGGGGACUCGUCACAAUUUCUUGGAUGGUCCUUCGAGAAUACCUCGACAUUCGUUCUAUAUCCGGGUUCUACGAACCUUGCCCCAUUGGGUUGUAAAGGUGAGCUAUGUUUUGGAGGCGACCAAGUAGCAUCGGGUUACUUGAGACUCCUCGAAGAAACUGCUACAAGAUUUAUUAAUCAUCCUAGUUACGGCCGGUUGUACCGAUCUGGAGAUUUAGGUCGUAUGCUCCCUGACGGCUCUCUUAUCAUCCAUGGGAGAAUGGAUACACAAGUAAAACUUCGCGGCCUGAGAAUAGAACUUCAGGAGAUCCAAACGAUCGCUUUGAAUACGGGCCUUACGAAAGUCUGCAGGAGUAUCCUUAUUACACAUAAGGAAAAAGAGUCACACCAGUUGGCACUAUUUUAUGUACCAUCCGGCACUGAAAUAAACAGUUUCAAGUUGUUAUCUGUAACGACUGAUACAUCUAAAGACCGAAUCAGGGCUCUGCGGCAUGCACUUCAAUCCACGCUACCCGAUUAUAUGAUACCUUCGUUCAUAUUUCCUAUAUCUACACUGCCUUUGACCUCUUCAGGUAAAGUGGACGAAAGGGCAUUGCAUACGGCUGUCUCGGAGCUUUCAAAUAGCGCCCUCGAAUCAUAUAGCCCUGACGAUGAUGAAGCCGACAUACACCCAGACUGGUCUACAACGGAACUGCUGAUCGCAGAUGUGAUCACGGAUUUCUUGCCUCAGGAUAGGAAAAAGCUUGGGCGCUGGACCACAUUCUCUAUGCUGGGUCUUGACUCAAUAUCCGCCAUGCCCAUUGCUCGUAAGCUUCAAUCUACAUUACAAAAGCGAAUUCCUUUGUCACUACUCCUACAAAAUCCGAACAUCAGUCGGCUCGCAUCCGCCAUAGACGGCCUUGCAACUUCCAGAGAAUCAUCACCUUCUCAGGACCCUUUACUCCCAGACGAUCUUAUAGAAACAUUACGAAAGCGAUUUUCAACCACAGGAAAUUCAGUCGCAAAGAUACUUCCCUGCACACCGCUACAAGAAGCCAUGAUCAUGUCAUCAUUAAAACCUUCAUCUGCAACAAGUAGUAACGGGGUGGCUUACUAUAAUCAGAUGCUGUUCCAUCUCCGCAUACCAUAUGAAGUUAUGAUCGGGCUUUGGAAUGAUAUUGUCCAGCGCCACGAAAUAUUGCGGACUUUAUUUGUUACCACUGAAGAUAUAAAGUACCCGGCUGUCCAAGUAGUCCUAGACAGCUAUGUCUCCGAAUGGAAAGUCUUGAAUACCAAAGAUGUUUCGCUACAGGAGCAUGCUUCCCAGCAUGUUACCUCUUCUUCAAUUACUGCAGAUACCAAUGCGCCCCCUAUGGCAUUAGCAAUAAUUCGUACUGAUGAUACCGGAGACUACUUGUCAUUUGUCUGUCAUCAUGCAAUGUACGACGGCAUUUCCAUGAGACUCAUACUGUCAGAAAUAGAGACAUUAUACUAUGGCAAGCAUCUUCCCGAUCCACCAUCUAUCGAGCCUUUCCUUCGUCAAAUAAUUUCGUCACGCCCAAGCCAGGAUACUUUUUGGAGACAGCUGUUUCUAGAUUUUCAGCCCAUUUCACUUACAUGCCCAAGACUUACGAAAGACACGAUGCCUAGGACUCUAUCUGCAACUGCCUCUCAGACAUCUUUGCAGUCUAUCGAGUCUCAACUUCAAAGUGACGGGGUUUCGAUGCUUGCAUUUGUUCAUACUAUUUGGGCAAUCACAUUAUCCAUACUAAGUCAAAAGAAAGAUAUUUCAUUCGGUAGUGUCACCGCCGGCCGUUCUAUCGCUUUAGACGAGGUAGAUAAGCUCGUAGCCCCGUGCUUUAAUACUCUGCCAAUUCGCAUGGAUUUAUCUACUUCGAAGUUCCUGAUAGAAGUCAUGAAGAAGUUCCAAAGUCUCAACGCCAAGAUGAUGCUAUAUCAAUUCACGAAAUUACGACAUAUCCAGAAAGAAGUUGGCGCACAAACGCGUUUGUUUGACACUCUAGUCAUCCUUCAGCCAUCAACAGACCCUCUCGAUGACAAGAUAUGGUCGUUAGAAUACGAAGAUGGUUUUAUGGAUGUUCCCAUCGUUUGUGAAGUUAUUCCCGACAAGCUGCAAAACACAUUCACUAUUCAACUUCACCGAGAUAAAUCUAAAUUCUCAUAUGAAGCUUUGCAGCUCAUUGUCAACAUUUUCAGCCAUGUACUUGACACUUGCAUAAGAUAUCCCUCAUCGCACAUCUUCAUGAGAGAAGCAUUGCCGGGGGAUUACCGGGAAGCGAUUCCGAAGUUGUUCCACUGCCCAGAGCACUCCCACACACCCGAUAGCAGUCUUCCUAGUCCAGCGCCUAAUUACGAGCAAGAUUGGUCAGAGUUGGAGUUGAGGGUGCGCCAAACGCUCGCCAAGCUGGCACAAGUACCGGAGCAUCUUGUCCAACGCCUCGCCCCUAUCUAUCAAUACGGCCUUGAUAGUAUAGCUGCGAUUCAACUAGCAAACCUGCUCCGCCAGCAGAGUCUUUCUAUAUCAGCAAUCGACGUAAUUGAGAAGCCUACUUGCGCCGGAAUAGCAGCCGCUAUCGAGAACUCUGUGAAGGAGGACAUCGAUGACAUUCGCGAUUUUAGUACCUUCCACAAGGAGACCGAACGAGAUAUAUUGGAAUUUGGGAUUGAUCCUGAAACUAUCGAAGUCGCUUUGCCCUGCACAGCGACACAGCAAGGCCUGUUAUCGCAAUUUCUCGAUUCGAAGGGCCGAUACUACUUUAAUUAUUCUUCCUGGGUGCUAAACAUGGCCAUAGAUUCAGAGACCAUCGUCCAGGCAUGGUCACAACUCUCCAACUGUCAUCAGAUCCUUCGAACUGGUUUUAUUCCGGUCAACCAUUCAGACAGCACCUUCGCAAUGAUCGUGUACACAGUCGAUCACUUCAAAGUCCCAGUGAAAAUUUGUGAGUCCGGCACAUUUCAACGUGAGCAAUGGCUUUCGGAUACUAUAAACAAUUCUCUGAACACAAUGGCACUCCCACCUUGGCAACUCAUCCUCGAGAUGCCCGGGACCACCAGUAGUGAAGAAGCACCAACGAUCCAUCUUGCAAUGCACCAUGCCCUUUACGAUGCCUUCACACUGAGGACUCUUCUGCAGGAUCUAAGUGAGCUCAUCUCUCAUGAUAUCAAACCGACAGUGACGGAUAUAGGCCAAGCCCUAUCCCAUCAUCUUAGCCUCGUGGGGUUGAGUCAAGCGACAGGGGAGGUAUUCUGGAAAGAGAAGGUAGACAGUUUUGCCUCUCAUAAAUUUCCUACCAUGACACCGCUUCAUGAAAGUCGUCCUGAUACCUUGACAACUUCUUCUCUGUGUGAGGUGUCUUCUUCGGAUUUCCGCCGGGCUGCUUCUGAAGUAGGCAUUACGCUACAAGCCGCGCUGCAAGCUGCCUGGACGCGUCUCCUUAGCGCAUAUACUGGAGAAUCUCGAGUCGCAUUCGGGAUUGUUCUGGACGGCCGCACUACAGAUCUUGCUCGAAAGACCACUCUUCCUAUGAUCACAACUGUGCCCGUAAUAGCUGACAACAUAGCUUCGAAUGACGAUCUAAUCAAACAAAUGAUGCAGUACAACAGCGAGUUGCGUCGUUUUCAGUUUAUGCCCAUGGCUCAGAUCCAACGCUGCCUGGGAACGGCUGAUGCAAUUUUUGACACCAUUCUGAUCUACCAGGCCAUAGAUAGGAGCUCGAAGCCAUUACCAGUGCAUGUUGUUGACGAAAUUGCGUCGGUCGAAUAUCCAAUCUCUCUAGAAGUUGAAGAAUUACCAUCAAACACAACUCGGUUAACCUUGAGUUAUAGAGCCAGCUUGCUGCCAAGGAAACAAGCCACGCUCCUCCUUAGCCAGUUUGAGUCGAUUCUCACAGAACUGCUUUUCCCUACCAAAAACGAUGCAUCGCUCACGAUCAACCGACCUGAUUUAUUUUCCAUACUUCCUCCGAUUUCUGAGAUGCUCCCCAUUCACACCUACCUCCUCCAUGAACUGUUAGAGAACUCUGCCCAGCUGAUUCCCUCUGCCGUUGCUCUUGAAUUCGUAGAUGAUAUUGGCCGUUUGAACAAUCCUCGAAGGUGGACGUACCAAGAAAUGGAUAUCUUGGGCAAUCAAAUUGCCCACUUCAUCGUUAACCGUGGUAUUCGUCCUGGAAGCAUCAUUGCCACAUGCUUCAAUAAGUGCCCCAUCGCUUAUUUUACGCUCCUUGGUAUACUCAAAGCGGGCUGCGCAUUCCUCUGCUUAGAUCCAUCGGCGCCUGCGACCCGUCAAGCUUUCAUUCUUGGCGACUCGAAUGCGGUUAUGUUAAUGCUGGCAGAGAGCUUUGAUUGGACGGCUGAGGUUUCCUUGCCAGUUCAUAUGGUGAGUGAGAAUCUGGUAGCGUCACUCCCGAGUUCAGGUCCUCCGUUGCAACGCCAGAUACUACCAUCUGAUCCUUGCUACUGCCUUUAUACAAGUGGUACAACAGGGACCCCGAAGGGGUGUUUGAUAAGUCAUGAGAAUGCUACUCAGGCAAUGGCGGCUUUCAAGUAUCUCUUCGAUGGGCGUUGGAAUAGUGAUUCGAGAUGGCUACAGUUUGCCGCAUUCCAUUUUGACGUCUCGGUUUUGGAACAGUAUUGGUCUUGGUACGUUGGAAUCACGGUCGUAGCAGCGCCUAAGGAUGUGAUUCUGAGUGACCUGGCCAUGACUAUUUCCAAGCUUGGAAUAACGCACAUCGAUUUGACGCCAAGUUUGGCGAGACUCAUCACCCCCGAUGAGUGUCCAACCCUAUGUAAAGGUGUCUUUAUCACGGGAGGGGAAAAGCUUCGCUCAGAUAUCUUAGAAGUAUGGGGAUCUGAGCGGGUGAUUCAUAAUGCCUAUGGACCAACAGAAGCUACAAUUGGUGUAACCAUGUAUCGAGGCGUGCCUCAGAAUGGGCGACCCUCCAACAUCGGAAACCUCUUCCCCAAUGUUGGAGCAUAUGUUCUAGAACGAGGCUCUGAGAUGCCGGUACUUCGGGGCGGUGUUGGGGAGCUCUGUGUCUCCGGCAAGCUCGUUGGUAUUGGAUACCUAAAUAGGGAAGCGCUUACUCAAGAACGUUUCCCCGUGCUUCAAGCUUCAGGCGAGCGUGUCUACCGUACAGGGGAUCUCGUCAGAGUACUUCACGAUGAUUCCCUUGAUUUUAUUGGACGAGCGGAUGACCAAGUGAAGCUUCGCGGCCAAAGACUAGAGAUUGGCGAAAUUAAUCAUGCCAUUCGUGAAGGAUUAGCUGACAAAGCAGGCGAUGUUGCCACUAUUGUGACCAAGCGAAGAGCUCAAGAUGUAGAUCUUCUUGUGUCAUUCGUUGCCGAAUCUUCUAACUCCAAUACUACUCAAGAAGUGGACGUUUAUUACGAUGCGACUCACAUCAAGUUUGCAGAGCGAGCUCACGAAGCCUGCAGAUCCUGCCUCGCGAUGUACAUGGUUCCAUCCUUCAUCAUCUGUGUGUCACGGAUUCCCCUAUCUAGCAACAAUAAAGUCGACGUCAAUCAGUUGAAGAAAAUCUUCUCAGAACUAUCCCAUGAGCAGCUUCAAACUCUCUCAGUAUCUUCGGUUUCUAGUCAUCGGGCAUUCAACAAUGUUGAGAGAGAGGUAUUGAAAGCAAUUGAGGAAGUGGUCCGUGUCAAGGAGAGCAAUCUAACCCCAACCACCACGGUCUUUCAACUCGGUAUAGACUCCAUCACGGCUUCAAGACUAGCCAAGCGGCUAAGAGCCGUAGGUUUCGCGUCCGCAACGCCAUCCAUGAUACUACGGCACCCGCAAAUCGGCCAACUCUCUCAAGCCCUGGACCGGGCUAGAAGUAGUGUUCCAAGUAACAACUCUUUGCAAUUUAAUCAGUCAAUCAAAGCUCUUCGCCACCGAUAUCUCGGUUUAGCAUGUGAGUCUUUAGAAGCGAAAAAGUCUGAAGUGGAAUAUAUAGCACCAUGCACGCCGCUGCAGCAAGGCAUCAUAGCCAGAUCCAGGGUCCGAGAAACGCAGUCCGCGUAUUUCAACCAAUUCCAUCUGCACCUUGACCCAAGUGUGUCUAUUGGUCGCUUGAAGGCCGCUUUCAGUCGCAUCAUAACUUCUUGUUCCAUUUUGCGAACUGGAUUUAUCGAUACGUCUGAAGGCGUCCUGCAAGUAGCUAUCAAGAAUCGGCCGCUUCGAUGGUUUGAAGUUGAGACAGCUAUAGAAACAUUUAACGAUACAGUUUCAACACGGCAACGACUUUGGGUAGAAUCCAAUCGUGAAGUUCUGAAAUGGCCUGUGGAAGUUGAUCACAUACGAACUAAUGGGCAAAACCACCUACUUCUGAGGCUCUUUCACGGCGUAUACGAUGCCCGCAGUCUGAACGUUAUCCUUGAGAGCUUGAAGGCUGAAUAUGAAGGGACGUCAAGACUACCAGGCCCAGCUUUUAUAUCUGUAUUGCCUGAUGGACCGCUACGCAGCCACCAAGGGUCUCAUCAGUUUUGGAAGUCCCUCUUAAAACACCAUCGCUUCCAGCCUAUGCCGAGACUUAUAAAUACACCUGCUGCGAUCAGUAGCGUCGUCAAUAAGUGCAUACAAUUUGAUGGCCUGGAAAACACACGGAAGAAACUGCAGGUCACCCACCAAACAUUGCUGCAAGCAGCAUGGUUAUACACCUUACGCCCAUACUUUGUUGAUCCUCCUACCAUAGGAGUUAUUCUCUCAGGGAGAUCCCUCGCCAUCAAUGACCUUGAUCUUGUCGUCGGGCCACUAUUCAACACGCUCCCACUUCGCGUCGACUUCGCCACCGAGUCGUCCUGGGCGUCAGUAGCACGUAAGAUCCAGGAGCUCAACAACAGUAUCCUUGCUUUCGUACACACGCCUCUCCGCGACAUACAGAAGCUUUGCGCAAAUGGGCAGCCUCUUUUUGAUACUCUUUUCACUUUUGACAUCGAUUACAAGGCUUUUUCAGAAGAUAAGCGAGCGCUUUGGUCGAUGGCUGAUUCCCCUGGUCACCCAGAUUACCCUCUGGCUAUCGAGCUCAUUAUGGUCGCAGACGACAUGCUCCGUGUUACCCUUGCAGCUCAAGGCAGCAUUGCCGAUGAACAAAGCUUAAGCGCCCUGUUGGACCGGUUCACCGACUCACUGAGGUCGAUCAUCACAGCAGAUAGCAAUGUUAUUCUCUCUUACGGCACCCAGGAAACUCUACCCGAUUUCACUAAGGGUGAUUCAGAGCCCGCCUCAGAACCAGAGAAGCCAACAGAUAGUCACAUGGUUCCGCCACAAAACCCGUUUGAGUGGAACCAGGAAGCUCAUAAUAUACUCCACGAACUAGCAUUACUUGCCGAGGUUGAUGAAAAAGAAAUCUCGGAAAAGACUAACUUAUUCGCACUCGGUCUUGAUAGUAUCGACGUAAUCAAGCUGGCCGGACGGCUGUCAAAACUGGGAUAUCAAGUGUCUGUAGCCGCGCUGAUGAAGCAACCGACGCUAGAGAGAAUUAUAAAUAGUCUCGUGAAACCACAGUUUGCCACAACUAGCCCAUCCAGUAUCUCGGAGAUGAAUAAUAUUGUUUCAGUUCUAGAAGAGUGCUAUCAACGAACGAACCGCGAACUCUCAGAUAUCGAGGCUGUUCUGCCGCCAACGCCGCUUCAAGACUCUAUGGUAGCAGCGAUGUUACACUCAGGUUUUCAUACCUACUUCAACCAUGAUAUCAUUGAACUUCCGGAAGACAUUGAUAUUGAGCGAUUGAAAACAGCCGUAUCGACAGUAUAUGCGAAUUCUCCUAUCCUGCGAACUGUGUUCAUUGAAGUAGACGAUUCUCGGAUUGAUUCUGCUUAUUACCAGGUUAUUAGGAAGCACGAGCUUGAGUUCAGUCCAGUUACGCAGGUCUCUAAUUUGGGUGACACCUGUAAACUUACAGAUAUGGCAAGAAUAUAUGCCGCGGCGAAUAACGGCGCAUCGGGACUAUUCCAAGUGCGUUUUGCUGAAUUGGGAACGAGAAAAUUGAUGAUCUUGUCUAUUGCCCACGCAUUGUAUGAUGGUUCGUCGCUCGGUAUGCUUCAUGAAGACAUCCGAGCCGCAUAUGAGGGACAUUAUACGCCCCGGCAGCCAUACAGGCAUUACCUCUUGGAUAUGGUUUCUCGGCCCAAGUCUUCAUCUGAGGAAUUUUGGACUGAUCUCCUACAUGGGGUUCAUGCCACCCUGGUGCCUAAAGCCAACACGAAAUCGGGGGGUGACACCGUGUAUCGAAUCGAAAAGCAAUCAAAGAUGAGUGCUGCAGAUAUCAGGGCACUAUGUAAAGCUCUCCACGCUACACCACAAGUAAUUGGCCAAGCAUGCUGGGCUGCUGUGGUUGCUUCGUUGACCAAGUCUUUGGAUGUUGUAUUUGGCGUAGUCUUAUCAGGGAGGGAUACCGAGGACGCUCAAGGACUGAUGUUUCCUACCAUGAAUACCGUCCCUUUGAGGUUGGCGCUCCACGGAACUGUUAUCGAAUUUAUUGAAUACUGCCAAGAUAUUAUAUCUGGCGUGAUCGAAUUCCAACAAACUCCGCUUCGAGAUAUUCAAAAGCUUUCUCCAAGCCAUGACGGCCAGCUUUUCAACACAAUUUUCCUAUUGCAAAACUCCAGCGAUAGAGAUACGAGCAGAAAACCCUUCUUUAGAUCUGCCCACUCCGUGUCUGCAGUCGAAUACCCGUUAUGCGCCGAACUGGAACUUACCGGAGAGAGUGUUGUAUGGAGAAUCGCGUGCGAUGAGAAUUACAUGAACUCGCAAGGCGUAGAAAACCUCGGCGUGAGCUUAGAAAAGGCUCUAGAGUACUUCGCUCGAGAUUUUAGCAAACAAGUCCUUGAAAUAAGCACUCGUGAUACUCAAACAGUGUCCAUUUGCGGUCUUGCACCAGUUACACUUCAGACUGACGUGGAGGGACAACAAAGUAAUUCGAUCAAAGAGAGACUUUCUUCGCAAGAAACGGAUUCACAACUUCACAGCUACGAUACGAUACUGGAAGUUUUAUCUGACCUAUGUAAAGUUGAUCGGCAAGCGAUUGAUCUCAGUCUCUCAAUAUUUCAUAUUGGGCUUGACUCUAUUAGUGCGAUAAAAGCAAGUUCAAUACUUCGAAAACGUGGGUUAAACAUAUCCACUAGAGACCUAGUCACUAUCCCCUCGAUUCGUGGUAUUUUGGAGCAAGCAAAUCAGGUGGCUGAUGGAAACUCGGAAGUUUCUGUAAAAGAAUCAUUGAGACUCAACUCAAUCAUCUCAAUUGAGGAGAUUCGUACACUGCUACAGCAGUAUGGGAUUGAAGAGAACUCGACCGAGACCAUUCUCCCAGCUUUACCAAUGCAAGUUCACAUGCUGAGUGUGUGGCAAAACAGUCAUGGCGCUACCUUCUUCCCUAAAUUUACCUUCAGAAUAACCGGUCCUAUCGAUGUCCUGGCUCUGCAUAGGGCUUGGGUCCAUCUCGUGAGCGAAACUGCCAUGCUACGGACUCAUCUGAUCAGAACGGGUUCGUCAAGUCUACCAUUUCUUCAGGUCGUCAUGAAAUCGACUUUCACCGACAAGCAUGCCACGAAUAUCAUGACCACCUCAGGUGAUAUGGGGUUUGUGUAUGCGGCUACACCAUUUGCCGUUGCGCAGGUCCUUGUGGCAGGGUCAGACAAAGCGGUUCUCAACCUCUAUCUACACCAUGGAUUGUAUGAUGGAGUUAGCUUACCCAUCAUACUGGACCGCUUUGCUAGAUUCUGCAGUGAUGUGAGCGCAGCUGGCCCUCCGGUUCCCAAAACGCCUUGGUAUAAAUUCGUCCUUGAACACUAUGCCUCGACCAUCCAAGAUCAAAGGAGGUCAUUUUGGACAAUGUAUCUUCACGGAAGCACAGCUGUGCAGAUGUAUAUGACACAGGGGGAUUUAACGAACACCAAAAGCCUGAGAGUCAGUGAGUUUCGGCGUACUACGAUCAACAGUUCUGGACUCGGGCUUCAAAGUUCAACAUAUGGGGUAUCCACUCAGGCGUUCUUAUUCGCUGCAUACGCAAAGGCCUUUGCGCAGCGACGUCGUCAAUAUCAGCAUAUAAACGAUGAUGUCGAUUGUGUUUUCGGGAUUUAUCUAGCCAACCGUUCCAGCUACCCUGGUCUCGAGGAUGCCCCAUUUCCCACGCUCAAUAUUCUUCCACUCAGAGUCAAGACUCCUUUAAGUAGAACGAUCGUUGCUAUAGCUACUGAUAUUCAGAAGGACAUCGCCGAGAUCAGUAGAUUCGAGAACUCCACAGCUAGCUUAUGGGAGAUACACGACUGGACCGGCAUGCGCAUCGACACGUUUGUGAAUAUCCUCUCUCGUCCUGAUGUUACAUCGCAAACUGGCAAUCCUGUUACUAUCCAAGAAAUCACGAACGAGGAGUCGUCACCUGCUGGAGGCGUCGACAUGUCGAUGCAUUGUGUUACUCCAGAUCACGAGAGUAUCGCCAGUAAUGUAGUCAGACAUGCAUACCCGGAGGCAGUAGAUAUUGAAAUUGCGACAUGUGGAAACGAGUUAGACCUCGGCAUCUUUGGUCCCUCUAGCAUCUUGUCGGAGUCGCAAGCAAAGGAUAUGGUUGCGGCUAUAUUAGCGGAGAUUGAGGCUUUGUGAUGUGCAUUCCGUGAGACUAGAUUUUUCGAGAUUGAUGGGUUGAUAUUACAUGGUUGGGCGGGCAGCUUAGAGAAGAUAGUAGAUAUUCUUUCCUUCUCAUGCAUCUGUUUUUCUCCUUCUCCUUUUAUUUAGUUAUGGGCUUCAUAUCGUCAUAUAAGAGACUCCACUCCUGCCUUUCACGCCUCGGU